UACGAGCAUAUCAAGGAAGAGGUACAAGCAUAAGAAUCAUCUACAUGAGAAUCCGAACGUAGCCGAAAGACAAUCAUGAUCCUGAGCAUCAUUUCUUGCCCUACGCUGUGCUUUCUUGCAGCAGGUGUCGCAAUAGGUGGGGCACUUCUUCUGUUGAUAGCACUUCGAUUGUACGUUUAUCUGACAUUGGGAGUCUGCAAAAGCACAGCGAAAAUGAAUGGAAAAACUGUAAUUAUAACUGGAUGUACUUCCGGCAUCGGUAAAGAAACCACCAAGGAUAUGGCUGAAAGAGGAGCCAGGGUGAUUAUGGCGUGUCGAAAUUUGGAAACAGCAAAUCAGUUGAAAGAUGAGCUGGCCAAGUCUACAGGAAAUAAUAACAUCAUCGUCCGUAAAUUGGACUUAUCAUCUCUGCAAUCCGUUCGAGAAUUCGCUCAGCAAAUAAAUCGCGAAGAGAGCAGGUUGGAUGUACUGAUUCAUAAUGCUGGAACAGCGGAAUCCUUCACCAGGAAAGUAACUGCAGACGGUCUAGAAAUGACAAUGGCUACCAACCAUUAUGGGCCUUUCCUCUUGACUCAUCUUUUGAUCGAUUUGCUAAAACGUUCGGCUCCUAGUCGUAUCGUGGUCGUAGCGUCCGAAUUGUAUCGCUUCGCUUCCUUGAAUUUGGAAAAUGUUAACCCCACAACCAAAUUCCCAGCCUAUCUGUACUACGUCUCGAAAUAUGCGAACAUAGUCUUUACGUUGGAAUUGGCACGUCGUUUGGAAGGCACGGGUGUCACUGCUAAUUGCCUGCAUCCUGGAAUGAUCGACAGUGGAAUAUGGAGAAACGUACCUGCUCCUCUGUCCUGGGGCCUGAUGUUAAUCAUAAAAGCUUUCUUCAAGACCCCCGAACAAGGUGCUCAGACUAGUAUUCAUCUUGCCAUCUCGGAAGAACUGUCUGGCGUGUCAGGGAAAUACUUCAUGGACUGUCAAGAACAUGGACUUUCCCAAGCUGUGAAAGAUCCCGCAAAAGGAAAAAAGUUUUGGGAACUCAGCGAAGGUCUGGUGAAAUUGCAGCCUACGGACCCAAAGAUAUAAAGACUAUCUUGACAGGAUAGAAUUUCGCAGAGAUUACUUCUAAAUCAUACUCCUUGUUUUUACUAUCAAUUACUUUUGUUGGAAAUAAAUGGUUUUUAUUU